UCAGGUCCAACUUGGCUGUAACCUUUUUCCAACCUCUCUCUCUCUCUCUGCUAUGGAGGCCCCACCACUCUCCGCUGCUCCGCCGAUCCCCACCCCCGUCUCGCCGGCGGCAGCCGUGGUCUAUCCUCCAUCCGUCGAUUCGUCGCCGCGCUCCCGCCAUAACGAGUCAUGGGACGCUGAACCGCCCCCGCACCAGGCACAACCGAAGCUCCGCCUCAUGUGCAGCUAUGGCGGCCACAUAGUCCCCCGUCCGCACGACAAGACGCUCUGCUACAUCGGCGGCGACACGCGCAUCGUUGUAAUUGACCGGCAAACGACUUUGUCCGACCUGCACCAACGGCUCUCGAAAAACCUCCUCCAGAACCAACCGUUCUCGCUCAAGUACCAACUGCCUACUGAGGAUUUAGAUUCAUUAAUCUCCGUCUCUACGGAUGAAGAUCUCGAGAACAUGGUGGAGGAGUACGACCGUCUCAGUAAUGGAGUCGGCGCGGCGAAGUCUGGUCGCCUCCGAUUAUUCCUGUUUCCGAAAUCAUUCUCCGGAAUUGAGCAGCUUCUCUUGGAGACUGCGUCGAUUAAAUCGGAGGACUGGUUUUUCGAUACUCUCAACGGAAAAUCCAGCUUAUCUGUCGCGGCGACUGAUCAUGAAUUUUCAGAAACCUCUUCGGUAAAUUGCCUGCUUGGAUUGGACGACGAUUCCAUGGGGAAAGUCGCCGUCGUGGAGAAAGACGUCGAAGCUCAGAUAGAGGCGUCGAAAAUUGGUGGUAACAAUGGGAAUCGAAACCUUAAUGUUCAUUGUGUUGCAAUUCAUGAUGUGCAAUCAGUUCCCGAUUCUCCAAUGCUGGAAACGACGUCGUCCUUUGGAUCCGCUUCCAGCUCUCCAUUCGUAGCUAAUUUACCUCCUAUCAGAGUUCGUGCAGGGGGAAGUCCUAAAAUCGGCGGCUUGGGAAUUGAAGAUCAAUUUCAGCAGAUGAGUGUUGGUGUUGCUGGACAUGUUAAUUUCCCGCAACCGCCGAAGCAGGAGGAAGUUGGAGGGGUUUCCGGCGCCGGAUUCACCCCCGGAGCUGCGAUUCCAGGAUUUCCGGUUGUCACUGCAAGCGAUUACGCCAGUCGAGUUAUUUCCGACGAUGAACGAUCGGAUCACAGCGGGUCCCGAAAACUACAGCAUAUUCAUCAGCAGGUACACGAUCAAUUGCAAUCCCAGCAGAUUCCCCAGUAUCAGCAGAAACAAAGUAGUGCCUUCGAUUUGCCUUCUCCAGAUUCAGCUUCAAGUGAGGGAAGUGCAACAAAUCCAUUAUCCAGGCAGAGACAAGCUAUUUAUCAUCAAGAACCUCUUAUGCAAGUUCAUUCUGGCAACACUAGGAUGCCAUCUAAUCAGGCUGAUCUGAACACUGUGGAUCAAAAUAAAAGCAAGGUUCAAAUGGCUGAAGAAUCUGGCUAUAUGUUUUCAGGCCAAUAUGAACAAAACCGCCCCCACUUGCAUCAACCCCAACAAUUUAUUCAUACUGGUAACCAAUACAUUCCUGCCGGUGCAGUCCCAAUUGCUUCUUAUUACCCUAUGUAUCAUUCGCAGCCGCAGCCGCAGCACCACCAACCCCAUCCCAUGCUUGAUCAACAAUACCCGAUUUACCUUUUGUCUGCAAGACAGAACCAAUCUUAUAACUCUCCAGCACAGCACCCUAGUUAUGGUGAAUUAGCUCCAAAUGCUCCUUCUAGAAGUUCCCAAAUGCCUCCUGUUUCGGCAGCUCCUCAGCCUGCUUAUAAUCAAGUCAGAAGUGUUCCUUCCUCGAACCCUGAAAAGCCCGGUGAUAUAUACAGAACUGCAGCUUCACAGCUAGUCCAGGUCCCUUCAGGACAUCACCAAGGUCAUCAAUAUGUCGGAUUCACUCAAAUUCGUCAUCCAUCCCAGUCGAGGGCUCCUUCAUCAGCCCCUCAUUCAACUUAUUCUUAUGAGUUUGCAGAUGCAGCAAAUCCCCAAAUGUACUAUACUCCUUUGCCGCCUCAAUUGGCUGCGCAGUAUCAGACACUGGCGACAGCCCCUGCAAUGAUGAUGCCGGAUGGGUCUGCACAGUUUUCUACGGAGAAUGUCAAGCAGCAAUUCGGAAAUUCGCAGCCAUGACACCUAACAGGUCAGUCUGAGUAUGGUUGUGCAAUUUUGCAAUUGGUGGAUUGGUUGGUUUGCCUUUGAAGUUGAUACAAUGUUUGCUUAAUUGUUUUUAUAUUGUAUUGUGAUAUAUAUGAUUGUCUUUAAUAAGAAAAUGUGUGUAUUACUGUUAUAAUGAAAAAAAAAAAAAAACAA